AUGGCAUCCUGGUUAGCCCUACCUACCUGGCAGCCUUGCCAAGCUGUGAUGGACCUACCACAAGGAGACGCCGACGCUUGUCAUGGCUUCGAUGGCAACUCAGACUUGUACGGCAUCGGUAUCCGUAUCGGUGUCUACCUGUCUUGGUACACGUCACUUACAGCCAACCUCUGGGCCAAUACUUUUGUCGAUGAGCUGUCCGACACCAACACGCUGUUCAUUCUCUCUAACGUCGUGGCUGUCACCUUCGGUGCCUCACCGUCGGAGACCAAGUUCGACGGCAGAACGGUACGGAUCUACAAACACCUGUACUUUCGGUUUCUCGGAGGCUUCUCGGUUGCCGGCUUUGCGCUGAGACUGUGCCUCGUUCUGGCCGCCGCCGCCUUUUCGACCUGGUUCUUCUUCCACGGUGCCGACGUGCUCAGGAAAGACAUGUGUGGAUACAAAAUCUUCUUAUUUGGGGCACACCCGCUGUUUGGCCCUGUGCGAAGAUUUUUAAAGGUGUAUUCGGUAUUGGUUUGCGUGUUGCUGGGGAUCAUCUACAUGCCAGCUUUCAUGUACCUCUUCAUCUACGUGAUGGUUCCCGUUACAGGAAUGAUUGCCAUGGCUAUUUGCUGCGCAAUUCUUUGCGGUAAAGAGGACCAGUUGAGUUGCGGCAAAGUAUGCGCUGCUGCCAUUUUAGGUGGAGGUAUUGUGACCAAUCUAGCCAUGGCGGAACUGUCGCUGGACGCAGAAUCUCUUCGCGCGCCAAGUGGGAAGAGGUUGCAACGAUGCCUUGACAUGGAUGGAUAUCUCUCUACGCUUUUACUCAACGGUGUCGCUUUCAUCUUGCGCAACCACCGUCGCAUAAUGGGGCUCGUGGGGCUGGUAAUGUCAACCUGGACCAUUGUAGUCAUUGAGAUGACAAUCAAGGUCAACGACAUCCGGGGUGUCAACGAGCUGGCUCAGACGAGCCAGCUGAUUCCUUUCGUCCUAGGGUGUGCCCUUUUCCUCGGCACAGUCCGAAGGGCCAUUCUUCAACGUGUUAUACUAGUAUGCCGACGGCUGCCUACUUUGCGAGAGAGAACAAUCAAGACUAACUGGGCCGGUAGGACCGAGCCAACGACAAAGAGCCUAGCAUACGGGCCCUAUCACCUGCCCGCGGUUCUAUUCGAAGUCGCCAUGGCCCCCAAGGUGAAGGGAAGCUCGUAG